GACGUUACGCGAGCGGCCCGUGUUGGUUCCAGCUGACAGGCGGAGAGAGACACUGUGUGUGUGAGUGUGCGCGCGUGGAAGCGAGUGUGUGUGCGUGAAGGUAGGAACGGGAGGGAGCGCGAGAGAGGAGCAAAACAAGAGCCAUCAUCUAUCCGACUCGCGCUGGUUUUUAUUUUUUGAGGGGCAUCUCUUUAUUUUUUCCAUUUGACAUCUUUGAUCUCAUCUCAAACCGCAGAUUUAAGGGAUUUUAUUUUUCCUUCUUGGAGACUUCCCACCGCCGCAUUCCGACUGCGUUCUGCUGGUUCUGUUAUCUGCGCUCGUUGCAAGGGACCAGACAGCUGCCUUCGUCUCAGCGUUUGUUAUCUGUGCCACUGUUUAUUUCGCCCCUCAGGAGGGGAAUUCUCGCUGUCGACCCACCGGGACCGGAGCCAGCACCGAAACAGCUCCUCUGGGCUGAGUUUGAGGAGAAUCGGUGACAGCAGGCAACUCCUGGAGGCUCAGGCUGCCUGACAGGAUGAAUUAGAUCCGAUCACCAUGCAGCCACUUUGGAGAUAAGUCCCCCUUUUUGUUUCGUUUUUUUGAUUUUGCACAUUUUAUGCAGGAGACGAGCUGGAAGCGAGUUUUCAGGUGGAGAUCUUGUGCACGCCUCACCUGUCAGCGCUCCUUUUGACGGCGCACCCGUGAGCCACUAAGUGGAUUAUUUUUCAACAACACCGCUCCACCUACCCUCACCUACCUCCCCCACCCCUUUCACGCAUCCCUUAAGUGAUGUCAAGGCCUCUCACCCAGCUUUUGCCGCUCGAUAUUCCUGCCGGGGCCACCAGCCCACAGUUUGGGGGCAGUAACCCUGCUGGAAGUGGUCCCCAGAGUGGGCACCUAACCUCCAUGACCAACUUGAAGUCCCUGCUACAGGUGCCAAUAAAGGCCGAUCAGAGAGCCGCCAAGGACUGCUGUGAGAUGAAGGACAAAGACAAGCCUCUGGACUCUGAUGAAGACUCCAUGGGUUUAAACUCCGGAGGGCCCGGUGGGGUAGGAGGAACCCCAGCCUCCGGCCCGUUGCGACCCAACUCCCAGUCAGCUUUUCUGGGCCCACUGCUUUGGGAGAGAACCCUGCCAUGUGACGGAGGCCUGUUCCAGCUGCAGUACAUGGACCUGGAGGAGUUCCUGACUGAAAAUGGGAUGGGGAUGCAGAACGGACCCAGCUCUACCAGCGCCCAGAUCCCCUCCCAGAGUUCUCAGUCUGCCAUCCCCAACCAGAGUUCCCAGUGUCCACCCACAUCUCCACCCUGUUCCUCCUCUUCAUCCUCCAUGUCUUCUUCAUCCUCCUCCUCCUCGCUUCUUGGACUGGAGACUGUCCAGCCACAAGCACCACCACCUCAACAGCAGCAAAGCAUGAUGGGAGGACCAGAGUGUCUUCAGGGUGGGCAGGCGGUACCUCAGGACCCUUCACCCUCCUCCACCUGCCCCCCAGGGCCCCCUGCAGCUGUGGCCAAUGGCAGCAGUGACGUCAUGGUGAACUUUGACCCAGACCCGGCUGACCUGGCUCUGUCCAGUGUGCCGGGGCAGGAAGCAUUCGACCCGCGGCGGCAUUGCUUCUCAGACGAAGAGCUGAAACCUCAGCCUAUGAUCAAGAAGGCACGCAAGAUGCUUGUCCCCGAUGAGCAGAAGGAUGAGAAGUACUGGAGUCGGCGUUUGAAGAACAAUGAGGCUGCCAAGCGCUCGCGAGAUGCUCGGCGGUUGAAGGAGAACCAGAUUUCGGUGCGCGCCGCCUUCCUGGAGCGGGAAAACGCCGCACUUCGCCAGGAGGUGGCCGACAUGAGGAAAGAGCUGGGUCGCUGUAGGAACAUCAUCAACAAGUACGAGAGCCGGCACGGAGACUUGUGAAGCAGAGGGAUGCAGAAGAAGGGUAUAAGAAAACCCAACCACAGCACUUUAGUUGAAGUGGCAAGCAGGAGCGCUGGAGUAAACCUGCAGCAAGCGCUGUGUGACAUCGGGCGCAAACACGACAAGGACUGUGUUUUAGAGCACACACUGGGCUCCAGUUUGACUCUGUUGAUGCUGCUUCACAUAAAUGUACUCUACACACUGUUUCAUCACAUUUCCAUGCCUCGGCAGCUCCCCCCUCCCCUCGCUGCCAUGCUUACGCCUGGUGUUGCACUGCGUUUUUUGCAGGUAUUGCGUUCCAGCUGCUGCUCUGGCCAGUUCAAACAGGGAGUUGUAUUCACAAUAUGCCAGUGAAAAUCAACUUUUUAAAUUUGAGGCUUAUGGACACAAGCCAGAAGUCAGCUGGGUCAUUUUUUUUUCUAUAUUUCGGACAAAAUAACUUGUAUAUUUUUGAACCAGGCAGGAAGGGAAGAGUAGUCCAGCAAAGAGGAGAAGAAUGAGGAAGAAGAGGUACAGGGUUUUCAUCCAAAUUGCAAAGAGAUUUUGGAAAAAAGAAAUGCUUAUUGUAUAUUUUUCUAUUAGCAGAGAUAUUAUGGAGGUGGAUUUUGGAAAUAAUCUUUUGUAUAUUUUGUAUAUGGGUAGGGGUGGGGCUUUUAGCUGGACAGUAAACGGGGCCACGUAUAGCGUUUAUUUCUCUUAGAUGUUUAUUGCAAAACAACAAAGGAUCUAUUUUCAAAGUUACAGAGAUGGUUAGUCAGACGCAGAAGUGAAACAGAGAAUGUAUCAAGGAUGAAUCAGGUAUUUCAGUAACGAUUGUUUAUUGCAUGUUGAAAAGAGCUGGUUGAGUGAAAGGAGGACAAUAAUUGUAUAGAAAGAAAACUUUUUUGUUUGAUUUCCUUGUGAGGUCAUUUUGAGCACUUGAGUUGUUCUCUUCUAUUUAACUCUGUGUCUGACUUUAAAUAAUCACAGGGCUUUUAUUUUGAAGGCAAACAAGAAUAAAAAAACAGGAAGUGAGUAGCCAUCUUGGAUUUGAGCACAUGUUUGAGAAUAAAGAACACGAGGACCAUUUUUCCUGGCAGGUUUGCACUUAAUUUUCUCACGUGUACUCUCUAUUUAGUCCUUGAUCUUGUUCCAGGAGGACACUAACUGGUUUAGGGUUGAUUCGCCCAUAUGGAACUGAGACUGACUGAAACCGUUAGCAUGCAGACGCACAAACACAAAGGCAGGAACAGUCCUCGCGCUGGUUUUAAUCCUUAUUGUUGUCGGUGAUGUUGUUAUGGACUUAACUAUGGUGCUGAUCUGAUCCUCUACCUGACACACACACACACACACACACACACACACACACACACACACACACACACACACACACACACACACACACACACACACACACACACACACACACACCUCGAACGAAUAACUGAACUGCCUAUACAUUUCCUUUUUUGUUUCUUUUUUUUUUCUUGUAAAUUGUUUUGAAACAUCAUAUAAUGAUUUACACAAAAACACUUUUGUCCAUACUUCCUUUUCAAACUUUAACCAAUGAGAAAGAGAAAUGCACCCUACUUCUAUUGUACCAUACAACUGUACUAUUGAAUAUUAAAGUAUUCUUUCACUAGAUAUAUGUACGUGUAUACAAUAUAUGCUUGAAUUAUGUGAUUAUAGUUGUAACAUACAUAACUGAAUACAUAUAUUACAGAAAGAAAACUAUGGAUUAAUUUUAUUGGUUUUCUCUCAGGUGUUUUUGUCGCAUAAAAAAAUAAAAAGAAUUACACAGAUGCAAAAAAAAAACUUCUUUGAGAUCAGAACCCAAGUUUAUGUUUUUUCUGUCAUAUUUUGAAGGUAAAAGAAGUUAUGUUUUUCUUUUCCUUGUGUUGUUAUUUUUCAGUUUUAGCUGAAUUUUUGACCAAAUCACUAUAAUAUGAUCAUUCUCCAAAAUCCACUGAGCUCAGCUUCACAGUCUGCUAUGUCUGUCGAUCUUUGCAUUUAAAAUGUGAAAUGAAAGAGAAAAUGAUCUACUAUAACUUAUGAAUGCAACAUUAAAAAGCAAUACCACUGAUAGCCACUAGAUGGUGCUUUUAAACCUUUUGUCUACAAAAGACUUAUUUCGAAAAGCAUCAACUUCAAGAUUUGAGGCCAUGUACACACAUAGCCAUGUUUUUGUAAAACCAAAUAUCCUCCCCCACCCAUUUAGGAAAAAUAAACGUGGGUCUACACCACUUCGUUUUCAGCAAAAAAAUAAUAAUCCAGUGCAUUGUGAAGCAUGCCAAGCCUUUAGGUGGCAGUAGUUCCCCAAAUCAUCAACGCUUUUGCUGAAAAACAUUUAUUGGACAUUGAAUAAAUAGCUGGUGGGCAGUAGCUAUCCAUAAAUGGCCAUUAGACCGUUUUGGCUUGCUUUAACACCCCCUAAUGUCCAUUUUAAAUUACUGUCAUAAAAACAAACUGUUUUCCCCUCCCCCUCACUGCAGCCCAUGAUUUCAAAUCAGCCCAUUAAAGAAGCACAUGUUCAAUAAAUAUAAAAAAGUCAUAUCAACUAAGAAAACUAAAGCCAUAAAUUCCUGGAAGCACACUCUGACGUUCGCAUUUUGGCUAGUCCCAAUAUUAUCGACUAACAGAGUUCCUGGAAAUCAACAUGACAACAUAUUUAAACGUGAUUACAUUCACAGGGAAAGUACAAACAUGCAUAAACAAAACAAAAUAAACUUAUACUUUCACACACAUGAUUGUGAUCUCUGCAUCCAAUUUGAAUCCUUCAUUGUCUCUGAGCUCUCGCCAUUCACAAAAAACUUUCCCGAUGUUGACGCUUGUUUGACCCCUUUUUCGGCUGUACGAUUAUCAACGUCCACAAUCAAAUGCUGACAACAGAGAACUCACAAAUCUACUUUUUGGUCAGAGAUUUUGAAAUGAUCGUUUUUUUGUGCCAUUUAUCUUCAUUUUGGUGUGGAUGACAGGCCAAGUCACAGAAAAUAUAUUCAUUUUUUUGUCUGAAGGAGAUCCAGCUAUGUGUUCAAGGUCUAAACAGUUUUCCUCGUUUUUUUGGUCACUGGAAUGUUUGACAACAAUUUGAUCAUUUGAUAGUUAUUUAUUGUUUAUGGAACUAUUAGACAUUCCAUUCCACAUUAUCUAUCCAUCCAUCUUUCGAUCCAUCUAUUCAUUAGUCCAUUUUGUACAUCCUUUUGCUGGUUGUCCUUUCCAGCAUUCACUGGAAAUUCUUGUCAAAAAUCCUAUGAUCAGUGUUUGGGAACACGUUUGAGCCAUGCCUGCCGACUGUGUCUCACACAGGUCACUUUUGAACCACAUAGGAAAAUGUCCUCAUAGACUUCGGAAUUGUAUUGUAGUGUCAGGAAAUUUUAGAGAUCAUCAUAUAAUUAUUUUAAAUUAUUAUGAAACAACAGAAACAUCAGAAUGCAUAUGAAAGUAUUUCUAAAUGUUGUAAUGGUCCAUAAGGGAUUAUUGUGAGUCAUGUAGCCUAAUGUUACUGUUCCUUUAAGAGCGGCAGUGGCUGAAGAAUGAAACUGAAAGUUGGACAUUAUGAUAGUAGUUGCAAGUAAUAUUCUGAAUUGUUUUACACUCAUAGUUAUGCAAAAAAUCAUUUUACAAUUGUUUGAUUAAAAGUACCAAAUGUUAACUUUGGCUGCAAUAACUAACAAGUAUUGUUGGGGACUGAACAUUUUGAACAAAUGUUUAAAUUGGAGUUUAGUUCUUUUGCAUAUGUUAAAGUUGUAAAUAAAAUUUCUUGUUGCAAUUUAGUCACAUGUUUUAAUUAUGUCUUAACUUGUUAAAAGUUUCUUACUUCGUUGGAGAACAUCACGUUGUUUCCAUUUUAUUCAGUUGCAACUUAGUUUUAUACAUAAUCUAGGUUGUCAAAGUUUCCUUAUUUUCAAUCUUGACUAAAUUGAGAAGAAUUUCUGACAGAUUUAGGAUCUCUCUUUUGACUUGGUGACUAUUUUGAGAAAGCCAUAUUUUGUAAGGUCCAAAAUUCCAGCAGCACAACAAAAACGGCUAUGAGACUCAAAUCAAAAUGUAACACCAGACAACAAACAUUAUACAAUCUCUGACAAUAAACUAAAGGCUUUUCAUUUAACAUUAGGGAAAAUGUAUGUAGAAAAUCACAAAAAGUAAUAAAAUGAUGGAAUUAUCAGUUUUUCAACAAAUUCAAUCUGAUUUGAUAAGAACAGUGGUCAAAACUUUGGUUCAAAUGAUGUUUUAAUUUUAGAAUACAUAUUUACUGAAGAACUGGCUCAAAUGCAAAGGCUGACAAACCUAUCAGAUCAUCUUUUAGUUUCUGGUUUGGGAUGUUAUCAGAUGGUUUAAAAGAUAUUUCAGGUUCUAUUUAUUGAAAGGGGUCUAUUUUUUGUUUUCUACUAUAGAGUAAAAAAUGUUAUAGUUAUGGUUUCAUUUGUUUUAAUUUGAAUCAUUUCUUGUUGUCCGUUAGAGAUUUUGCGUAUUAAAUCCCAGAGUCAACUUUUAAUUCCUAUCUUGAUUCUCCCUUGUCUUCUAUUUGAAACCAGACAAAAACUUUUACAUUUAUUCUCUGUACGAUAUAUCUCUCUUUGCUAUAUUGGCAAACAGGGGAACACAUUUGUGUGCUUUAUUCUGAUACCUACAAUUCAGAAACUUUUUAACAGUGCUAUUUUUCUAUGUAAACGUGUUGUUGAGUGUGUUGCAACUUUUUCCUGUGGGCGUUGGAGGCUCACUCAUGUGGUGGCAGCCACAAGUCAGCUGCUUGCAGGUAAUACAGACAAUAAUAUUUGUGACAAUAACAAUAAUGUACACAGCCUUGUUAUUUCUUCUUCAACUUUGUGAAUUCUCGGCUAACUCCCCCUUGUUGUGUGAUUGACUGUUAUGAACUCUUAAGUCCGACAAAUGCAAAUCAACCGGGACUUCUCUCCAGUAUUUUGUGCGCUGUCCACAGGGAUGAUGGCAGAUGUGAUUUUCCCCCCUUUUCACCAAUAAAGGCUGAUUCUUAUUCACUGAAAAAUAA